UGUUAAUGGAUGUUAAUUUACAUUCUAACGAGUUAGAAGCUCGCUUCCGUUUGAGGCUCUUCACUUUUUUGAGAAGUCAGGAAGAUUUAAAACAGUUAAUUUCUAAUGAUCCUACCAAAUCAACUCAAUCCUCAACAAUUAAUUAUUCCCAACUUCGAUUAGAAUUGGGACGCUUUUUGGCUGCUUAUUAUUUAAAUUUUUCAUUCCCUCUUUUAUUCAAAAAUAUCAAAAAAUUGGAUAUUUCUCAUAAAGGUUUAAGCUUUUUUUGUUUUUGGUUGAUUGAGGGUUUUAUAGGAUUCUUAUCUUUACUGUUAGUAAAUUGA